CGAAACAUAAACCAAACACAUAUGAACGAAGUUUACAUCUGGAAGAGAAUACGUGUGCCCGAAAAGCAAUAAAAGACGAAGCGUCGAGUCGAUUGAUCGAUCGGUCGAAUGUCCCACAAACGUUUCCACGAAAAGUCCCCCGCUUGAAUUAUUUGAAUGCAUAAAUAUCGAUACAGGUAGUUGCAGGAAUCGGUUCCUCCAGAAUUUUCUUCGAUUUGAUUUGGUUGCAGGGUAACCGGUAACCCGCAACGAUCGCCGCCGAGAAGACAAUCCAUGGCCAUGAAAUUCCACUCGCUUUUUUCCCGAGCAGAACGAUCCUGCGCUGAAAAGAGAAGCGAAGACUCCUCUGUGGUUUCCAAAGUUUCUACGAGCAAGGAGAUUUCUGUGGAGGAGGAAGCGACGACGGCGGCGGGUGAGUUGAGGCCUCUCUCGGCGGUUGCGGACGCGUUUGAGGAACUUUCUAGAGUGGUGAAGAGUAACGGUUACGGUUACGAUCUGGAUUUGAAGACCUUCUGCAACGCGUGUUCUCUCGUCUCAAUUCUUUUCGGUUGUUUGGGAAUCGCUUUCAAAUUCGCCGAAUUAGAGUAUUCACACAAGGUGCGUAAUCUCGCAGAAGCAUCAGACAGGUACAAAACGCUCAACAGCAUACUCGAGUGUGAUCUACAGAACGGUUCGGUGAAGACGCAGGGAAGUCUUACUCGUAAUCUACGAAGAGUGAGGCAAGGCCUUGAUCUAAUCAGAGCUCUAUUCCACAACUUCCUGUCAUCGGAAGUUAGCUGUUUGAAGGAAGCAGCCUCAGAAGCAUACGGAAGAACAUGUGCACCAUACCACACAUGGGCAGUGAGGACUGCAGCUUAUGCCGGCAUGUAUGCACUUCCGACGAGGGAUCAACUUCUUUUGAAGCUAAACGAAUCCAGUGAGUCUGCUAAGAGGGAAAUGGUUAGAUACAUCAAUGCUUCAACUCCAGUGAUCGAGUACAUCGACAGGCUCUACACAUCAAGAAAUAUCAGCUUAGAUUGGUAAAACUUCACUUCCCUAUAUGUGUUGUAGCUUCUAUAUGAUAUCUUGAAGAUAUUUCAAGUAUUCAGUUUUAUAACCAGUUCAGAUUUAAGCAGUGUCUCUAUAAUCAUGUUGUUUGUGCAUGAUUACGGGACACAAUGGUGCACAACCUUAACCAUUAGAAAUAAAAAUUAACGGCUACGCUUGUGGCUGGUAAUUGCCAAGCACCCCGGGAUUUUUAAUGAUGUUAGUAUUUCAGUAUAUGUUAGAAAAAGGGGUGAGAUUAUGUGAUAACAUGUUAGAAAACCCGAAAGGAUCUAUCCUUUGUUUUCGUUCUUCAACCCUCCCAAGAUGCUUAAUUUUUUUGAUCAGAAUGUCCAUGAAAGUAAAUUGGUAAGAAAUUAUGGUUGUCU